GAAUACCUCCUCUCUAUGAUUGGCUAUGCUAUUGGUCUGGGAAACAUCUGGAGAUUUCCAUAUGUAGCCUAUAAGAAUGGAGGAGGUGCCUUUCUCAUUCCUUAUUUCCUGAUGCUGGUUUUGUGUGGAAUCCCUCUUUUCUUCCUGGAAAAUGCCAUCGGUCAGUUCUGCAGCCAAGGUCCAAUCAACAUGUGGCGAGCAGUGCCAAUACUGCAGGGUGUUGGUUUUGCCAUGGUUAUGGUGAACGCACUGGUGUCAAUUUACUAUAACGUCAUCAUCGCCUACAGCCUGUACUACAUGUUUGCCUCCUUCCAGUCUCCUCUGCCGUGGUCCAGCUGCUUCAGCUGGGCUGACAGUAACUGCAGCAACACGCCUGCAGUGGCCAACUGGACUCAGGAAAACAUCACUUGUCCUUCAUCCAACAUGAUCACAGCUUCAGUGCAGAGUCCGAGUGAACAGUACUGGGAUCAUGUGGCUCUGCAGAGAUCCAGUGGUCUAGAUGAAACAGGACCAGUAGUCUGGCACUUGGCCCUCUGCCUGCUGCUGAGCUCCAUGCUUGUUGCUGCAGCGCUUAUCAGAGGCAUCAAGUCAUCAGGAAAAGUUGUGUAUUUCACAGCUACAUUUCCUUACCUGGUGAUUUUCAUCCUUCUGAUCCGAGGUGUGACACUAGAGGGAGCUAGAGAUGGGAUAGAGUUCUACAUUGGUUCACAAUCCAAUCUGACUAAACUGACUGAAGGACAGGUCUGGAAGGAUGCAGCAACUCAGACUUUUUUUUCCUUGUCCAUUGCUUGGGGUGGAGUUGCAACUCUUGCCUCCUAUAGCAACUUCCACAACAACAUGUUCCUGGACUCUGUUGUUGUAACCCUCAUUAACCAUGGUACCAGUGUGUUUGCAGGCUUCGCCAUCUUUUCAGUUUUGGGUCAUAUGGCGCACAUCUAUAGAAAGCCUGUUGGAAAAGUCGUGAAGGAAGGGUUUGGCUUGGCAUUCAUUGUAUAUCCCGAUGCUCUGGCUAAACUUCCCAUUUCUUCUCUGUGGUCCAUCCUGUUCUUUUUAAUGCUUUUUAUAAUUGGUCUGGACUCUCAGUUUGCAGCAAUAGAGGUGAUCACCACCUGCUUGUUGGAUGCCUUCCCUGAAGUCCUCAAAUCCAGACGUGCCUUACUGACUGUAGGGUUGUGUGCCGUCAUCUUCCUCUUGGGCCUACCAUGUGUCACAAGGGCAGGAAUAUAUUGGGUGACUCUAAUCGAUCAGUUUGCUACUGGCUGGGUGAUGCUUAUCUUGGCUCUCAUGGAGAUCAUUGGCUUCUGCUACAUAUAUGGGGGGAACCGCCUUAUUAAAGACAUUGAGAUGAUGAUUGGAAAUAAGAGCUUCAGCUUCUGGCUGUGGUGGAGAACAUGUUGGUUCUUCAUCAGCCCCUGCGUCAUUGUGGUGAUAUUGGUCUGGUCUCUGAUUACUUUUGUCCCUCCGACUUAUGGACAAGUCCACUACCCAGCCUGGGGCUUGGCUCUGGGUUGGAGCAUGAUAGCAUCCAUACUUAUCUGGAUUCCUGUUGUUGCUGGGUUUAAGCUGAUGAGAGCAGAGGGAAGCCUCUGGAAGCGAUUGAAGUCAGUGUGCUCUCCCUCUGAGCAGUGGCAUCCCUACCUGGACAUCCACCGAGGAGAACGUUACUCAGAAGAACGCUGUCGCCAGCAAAGAGCAGUGUCAACAAACCAUAAGUGA